CCUGCGCCGCCAACCCAGCCCGGCCGCCGUAGCGGGCUGUUUGGGGCGGGGCCCUCCUGCCUUGCCCUGCCGCCCCCGCCACGUCGGCAGAACCGGGCGCCAAAGGGGCGGCGCCUGAUCGGCCGGGCGCCGCCUGCGGCUGCUGCUGCCCGCCCGUCCCCUCCCAGCGCGAUGGCUUCUUCACCGCCGCACGUCAAGACCGAGACCCGAGCCGGACACCUGCCCGCGGUCAAAGCUGGUGGAAUGAGAAUUGUGCAGAAACACCCACAUGCUGUGGAUACCAAAGAGGAAAAAGAUAAGGAUGAUCAGGAAUGGGAAACCAGCAGCAGUCCACCUAAACAAACGGUGUUCAUUUCUGGAGUCAUUGCAAGGGGCGAUAAAGACUUCCCUCCCGCAGCAGCUCAGGUGGCUCAUCAGAAACCUCAUCCAUCUGUGGAAAAGCUGCCUCCUCCUCAGCACAUCAACCAGCAUAUCCACCAGCCUCGCAAAUGAAUGGCCUGUGCAAGAUCAGCCUUACUGUUUUAGAGAAGGAACGAUUACAAAGUUUGUGCUGCCAGAGAGCUUUGGAAAAGUGAUCUUAUGUUUUUUGCCUUAAUUGCCUAUGAUUCAAUUAAACGGGGGUGGGGGGUGUGUGGAAUUUACAGUUCUGUCACCCCAUCCAAAUCUUGUUGCUCUUGUGUAUUGCCAAUCAAAAGUGUUACGGUCAUAGAAAGGUGAUAGGGAGGGAAUUAUUGCACAGAUCAAGCAAAUAUUUUAAUGAAUAAUUUUUAAAACUUUUUGUUCCUGGAUCUUGGCUCUAUAGAAAUGUGUAUGUUCUGGGUGGAAGGAGGGAAGUUUGCCUUUCUUCCAGUUUUUUCUAAUUAGAGGUUUUCAGCAGGUGUCAGUCAGACUUUUAUGAAAUCAUUUUGAUUUCUUAAAAAGUUUCCCAAUCUGUUUUUCUUAGAUGUGUCUGAUAAAGAGUCAGCCUCUUAAUUUUCUUUUUUAGUAAAACUUUACCAAAUGUAAACUUUGUGUUAUAUUGUUGUUGACUGAUCUCUUGAUUAUAAUAAAUGUUGGUUCGGUUUCUUCUCAUAAAAAAA